AUGUCUGACAACACCAACAACAACAAUACCAACGCUUCCACCCUCAACAGCUACAUCAACCAGGCCACUGGCCUCGCCCAGCGCGCCAUGGGCUCAAUCACCGGCAACCCAUCCACUCAGGCCGAAGGCGAAGCCACCCACAACCAGGGCAAAGCCGAGCACGCCGCCAGCCACGAGACCGCCAAAUUGGGUCCCGUCGCGGCUGACCCGCAGACCGGCGCCGCGGCCAAGGACAACUCCCAGCGCACCCAGGGCACCUGGGAUCAGACCGUUGGGUCGGCCAAGGAGUCGCUCGGCAACUUGAUCGGCAACGAGAAUCUGCGCCGCGAGGGCCAGGAGCAGAAUGCUAGCGGCAAGGCGCAGGAGGCUAAGGGUCAGUUGCAGGAUUGGGGUGAGGGCGCCGCGGACCGGGCCAAGGGGGCUUUGGGAUCGGUUGGUGCUGCGGUCAAGGGUGAUCGUACUGAGGAGGAGAAGUGGAGAGAUGUGCAUGAUGAGGGGAAGGUCAGACAGAGAGGCGCGGAGGUGGAUAUGGAGAAGAAAUACGAUUAA